GCUCUGUUCGGGAUACUGACUAUCACUUCACUUCACUUCACUUCACCAAGAGCCAGCACACCCGCCUGAAGCAGUGAAGUCAAGAGCAAGAUGGGAAGCGACAUGUAAAGGCUCUUUUGACAAGAGUUCGUCGGAAAUCCCAGCUGAGCCGAACACAAGCCGCGCUGGGGGCAGAAUAUUUGAGUUAAAUGAAUGGCGCCUUUCAUCAGCAUCUCCACAAGCAGCAGCUCCACAAGCAGCAUCUCCACAAGCAGCAGCUCCACAAGCAGCAUCUCCACAAGCAGCAGCUCAUCCACAGCGAUGCGGGACUCGCGAACAGCGGGGGAUCAGUGCGCCUGAAGCGGAUAUCACCGAGAGCUGUCCAGGGUCCUGAAGACGCGCCGCGCCAUGGGUAUACGACACUUUCUGCUGCUGCUCAUUUAUCUGGAUCCCCUCAACGUGUUUGGCACCCUGACUGCCAAACGAGCCAAACCUGCUCCCAAAAGGACUCCGAAGCCGAAGGAACUGAACGGCACCACCGUCGCGCCUUCCGCGUCCACGCAGCAGGUCACGCAGGUCCGUCCGGCGCUCACGCACGAGACCUGCCUGGGCUACUACGACGUGAGCGGCCAGUUCGACAAGGAGUUCGAGUGCAAUAACACCGACCACCGCUACUGCUGCGGCUCGUGCUACUUGCGAUUCUGUUGCCAGUUUAAAGGCAACCGGCUGAACCAGAGAACAUGCAAGAACUACCACAAGCCUGACUGGGUGAAAACUGUGCCCCCGUCUCCUGUUCCAACAGGUGACACUUACGAUCCGAGCAUGGACCAAACGAACACCGCGGUCUACAUUACCUGCGGUGUCAUUGCUUUUAUUAUAGUCCUUGGGGUUUCGACUAAAGUCGCAUAUGACAAAGCAACCCAACCACCUCAGGAAAUGAACAUUCACAGAGCCCUAGCAGAUAUUCUUAGACAACAAGGACCCAUUCCUAUAUCUCAGUACGACUGUGAGAACUUUGCGGCGAUGAACAGCUCAUCCAAAGACAACACUCCACAGUGCACGGGCUCCAAAAACCACUACACCCCAGUGCACAGCUCCAAAUCCAAUCACGGAGCACAUUACUCGAAGGAGAGCACUCGAGGCGGUGGCCAUGACCUUCACAACUUCAUCUCGUCUGGCUUUGUGACGCUUGGCCGGAGCCACGUAAAAGCUGGAAAUGACCUGCUUUGA